AUGAAGAUUAGAGCAGGACUACUGGUGGGCUACGACGGAAGCGGAUACCACGGGCUUCAGUUUAACAAGGAGUUGGACACGAUUGAGAAGAAGGUGGUGGACUGUCUUCUCAGUGUGGGCGCCAUCAGCGAAAGAAAUGCAGAAGACCCGAAGAAGAUACACAUCAAGUCAUCUUCAAGGACGGACAAAGGUGUCCACGCCGCAUUCAACCUCAUCUCAGUGAAGAUAGAGGUCUGCAUCACGCCAGAGCUGGUUUCCAGGCUCAGAACACUCCUUUCACAAGAAGGAAUCCACCUGUAUGACAUUGUGAAGCUUACAAAAAGCACUGUCCCCUCCAAGCAAGCAAUUUCAAGGACCUACGAGUAUGUCGUUCCAACGUUCUUCCUCACAGAGGGCAAUUUCAGUGAGGAGGCAGAGGCACUGAAGCAAAAGGAUGGGGAGCAUAGGGCUGGAGGAAUAAAGAGAGAUUAUCCUGAGGAUGUGGUGGAAAGUGUGACUGGAUAUAGAUCCUCCCCAGAUGACAUCAAGGCCUUUGAGUCCAUUCUCCAAAAGUACAUAGGAACCAAGGACUUCCAUAACUUCACCAAGCUCAACAACGAAAAGGGCACCAAGAGAUACAUCAAGUCGAUCACAAUCACAGAUCCAUAUGUAAGCGAGGAUGUCGAGUACGUAAGGAUAUCAAUCACAGGACAGAGCUUCCUACUCCAUCAAAUCAGAAAAAUGGUGCUUUUUGCAGUGCUGCUAUGCAAGUAUUCCAGAAACUCUGUAGACCAGAAGUUCAGCAUAGCGUUCAACAAGCAGAAUGUUCAUGUUCCAAAGGGCCCAUCAGAGUAUCUCCUCCUUGACAAGCCUGUGUUCCACAAGCUGAGAAGAGGAGACGGAUCCACAGAGGACAUAGACGUCAGCGACAGUGACAGAGAAGAGUAUAAAAGAAGCUUCAUAUACCCAAGAAUCCAUCAGAGAAAAAACCUCAUUGGGUUCUUUGCAUGCUUGGACUCUGUAAGGUUCCACAAGGAGAAUAUAGCAUUUAUUGAUUAG